AUGACUAUUUCGUUUCAGCAGGUGCAGCACGGAGCAUGGGCGGAGAUGGCAUGGAGUGAGAUGGCGUGGCUUUGGCUCGCCGCCCUACUCGCCGCGCUUGCUAACGCCGCUUCGCGCGCGCCCACGCAGGAGCCCGUGCUAUUCGAAGCCGCUUUUCAAGGAUCCUUUGAUAACAACGAUUGGAUGUCUUUGUGUCAAGCUAUAUUUGUUUACCGAAAGCAGUCACCUUUUUAUUUCACACUAACAAUGAACUCCGUGGAUGAGUUGGCACGCGGUGGUUUAUUGAAUGCUUCAAAAGACAGGUUAUAUCGUAUAGGAAAUUGUCUAUAA